UAACACCCUUCACUGGUUUCGCCCGUUAUCCGUGCGCAUCUUGUAUUGUAUAUUUCAUCCCUGCGUUGCAAUAUUUGUAUGCGUCAUCGGAUUAUCCUUGUUAUCGUCACGUUUAUUGAAGACAGGAGGGCAUAAGUGUGUGACCUCAGGAUCAACAGAAUUCUUCAGGAAGAAGUCCACUUCUCUCGUCACAGCAACAGCGUCUGCUCUUCCUGAUCCUUGGCACAGAAUGACUUUGGACAUCCGUAUGAGCUGUAUUGAGGUGCUACUCUUCUUUGCCCUCGCUUGUCUCAACGAAGCAUCUGCCGAAGAUAUAUUUGUCGCUGGGCGGAGACCAGUCACCAACAGUGACUUCCACAGAGAGCACAGAGAUGACUGGGACUCAGAAUUUGCAUCCGCAAAGCGAAGGGUCGACAUAGGAGGGCAGAUCGUCAUCAUCAUCAUAUGUAUUAUAGGGACGGCUAUGUUCUUCUUGCUUUGCUACCACUGCUGCAGGAGGAGACAGCUGCUUUCAAACCCUGGUGUCAUCGUCCAUGGUGCCCCUGCUGGCAGCGUUACACCUCAGCAAAGACCCCCACCUCUACCGUCACAGCCUCCUGCUGCGGGAUUUAUUCCCAGCCCUUACCCAGCCCCAUACCCUCCACAGACUCCUCCGUAUCAAGCUCCUUAUCCAACAGCUUACAGCCCAAGUGUGAACAUGUUCGAUCAACCUUCAGCGCCCCCACCUGCAUCACCACCGCCACCUUACAGUCAGGCUGUGGCAUCGCCGUUCUUUGAACCGGAGAAGAGACCAUCCUGAGGAAACUCCAUCGUUCAGGGCUUUGUAGGAUCAACGUGACCUGACUUGUAUUCACGAUGAAAAAGAGGUCGUGAAGGACUGUUUAUGUGCGUAAUAGCGGUAGGGAAGUGUACAAGCCAUCACUUCGUGCAUAACGUAACGUCAGUGCUUUCGUAAGCACAUCCAGUGCUGUUAAAAAGCCGUAACAGGUGGCGUAGCUGAUCCUUCUCGCCAUGCAAAGGUGUAACUUUAAAAGAGUGAAGGCCUUCAGACAGAAGAAGACCUGUGUGCAUCAACUGUACCAGUGACUGGAGAGGCAGACCCUGCCAUAGAAGAGAAGUUUUACUGCUCCACAGAUUUUUUUAUUUUCGUUUUUUCACCGUACCUAGAGUCUCUGUGUCUGUGAUCUAUUAUCGAGCGUUAAUUGAGCAUGUAGAGUGCAAUGUUCUCACUGAGGUAGUUACUGUGUUGUACGGUUCAGAAGGCCCAAAAUCUGAUGGUAUGAAUGUAGUAUGCAUCACGUUCAGCAGCCAUGUGCACAUUCACACUUUUGGGCAGUGCAGUGCGUGGAAUUAGAUUUCAUUUGAAUAUGUUGCCAUCCAGAAGUUCAUCAUGGGACAUUCACAUAGCAUUCACACGUACUUAAACCUUUGUAACUCCGGGAUGGUGUUGGUGGGCUGACGCACGAGUGGAUGUUGUGAACUGAAUGGUCAAUUUCACGGGUGAAAAAAAUCGAGACGAUACUGUCCAGUGCCAGAAACAUUUUUUAUGACUAAUUUCAUUACGAUUAUUAUUUCACCACACAAUGUUGUUCAUGGCAGAAUAGCAAUUUGCCUCGUACUCAUUAGAAAUUACCGUCCACAAAUGACUGGGUACAGAGCUUGCUGAGAGGAGUACUUAUUACGAGUAAGCAAUGAGAAUUGGCCGACGAUUAGCCAAGCUACAAACAUGGAGGACCCAAACUCCUCAUAAGCCUCCGACGCACUGGCUAGAAAUUGUGAGGGCACGGAGUCCUUGCGUCAGCACCUUUGUCCUGAGUUAUUUGAAUUUACUACAAGCACUCUCGUCACAAGGUGUGCAGAUUUACUCAAAAAUUUACUCAGGUUGUAAGUUUUUGGUGUACACAUGUGUAAAAUCCCAUAGUUUUUAUGUGCUAGUUAUGGCAUUUUCCCGCAGUUUAUUUUAUAGCUUCCGUGACAGCAAGUAAUUCACUGGGUAUUCUGUUAUAGCACGACUUAUGACAUAAAUUGUCUUGCAGUUGCCGGGCCAUGUGGUUGUUACAUGUGAUAAAUGUUUUUGAUGACAUGCCGUACAGAAAAGAAUAUAUGUAUUGGUGCAUGACUGUAGGACGAUGCUUCUGUGUGGGUGCCUUUUAUCAUAUUACAGUUAAAUGUGCCAUAUUUGUAGAAAUAAUUUAGCUCGAGCACAGAAUGUAAGGUAAAGCACCCCCACCACCAGUUACAUUUGUGAAUUUAGAAGGGCGAUCUGCCCUCCCUUGGACUGGAUGUGUAUGAACCAUAGUUGUACAUUGCGCAGCUUCGUGAAGUACACAUCCGUGCCUUACCAAUUUUUUUGUGUGUUUAUAGAACAGUUUUAUUUAGCCAAAGGAUGGCUAAACAUUUAUGUUAAACAAAAUAUAUUUUUCAGGAGGCAUUACGCGGUAUCUCAGGAUAAAGCUUCUGUGUUGAGAUGUCAUUUUUAUUUAUGAAAUAAAUUUUAUCUGUUGUA